GGCUGGGUGAAGCUGAGGGAUGGUGGCUGGCGUCGUCCUCCUUGGGCAUCAAGCCGUCUUCCGCCCCCUCCCCGCCCAAGGCAUCUUCUCAGAAGGAUAAAUGCCAUGACCUCAGAGGGUACAGUACCACAUCGAACUCUCAAGUCUUGGUGGCUCCUGAUUUAGUGCUGAGUGAACGCUCAGGAUGAUGAAGGCUGUGCUUCUGGGUGGCCUACUAGGGCUGCUUUGGGGCUCUCCAGUCCAAGCUGAUGAUGUGCCUCUUCAAGACAAUUUUGACAACAGCAAGUUUCAGGGUAUGUGGUACAUCACAGCAGCAGCAUCCGAUGACGAAGACUUUUUGGCCAUGAAGGACAUGAUGAAGAUGCCAGUCACUUUUGUGACUCCUCUGGCCAAUGGUGACUUGUCUGUCAAGAUAGUUUUCCCAGGGCCUGAUGGUGGGUGCCAGAAAGUGGAUGCCAUCUUCACCAAGGGUGCAAUGCCAGGACAAUUCAGCAAUCCAGCCAUGGGCCAGGAGGACAUCAGUGUGCUGAGCUCUGACUACAAACAUUAUGCCAUUCUUCGCAUUAAGAUGAACAAGGGACCUGUACAAAGAGUAAUGAUGCAGCUGUACUGCCGUUCUCCAGAGCUCUUUGCUGAAGGUGCACAAAAGAUGCAAAUGUUGGCACCCAAAUUAAACCUGAACCCCAGCCAGGGCGCCAUCUUCCCUCAGUCAGAUGAGUGUAACUCGGCUCUCACCGAGUGACCACUGACAUGACCCCUGCUGGAGUUCAGGCUGAAGCCUCAUCAGUCACCCACCUGCCUGUCCCCCUUCUCCCCACCCCUGCAUUGCCCAAGGCUGAGACUUUCUCUUCUUUUCCUCCCAGAAUCUUCCUCACCACUCAAAUACUAAAUAAACAAAUGCUGUGAAAGUU